GUUGGGCAGAAGGGGAGGCUAGUCUGGGAGGUUUUUGGGACGGGGUUUACCCAGAGCUGCGUUCAUAUAAGAAAGUCUGCUUAGGCAAGGACAUCGAACAGUCUGAACGCUUUCAGUGGCUGCUUCAGAAACUACCUUGUGCUCUGACUAUCCGGCACCAGAAUGUCUAACCCUGCACUCGAACCCGGCGCCAGAGAAAACCCGCUCAAAUACAAACUGCAGGACUACGAGACCCUGCGCAGCGCCUGCCUGAAGGAGAAGAAGCUGUUCGAGGACCCCGAGUUUGCAGCUGACCAGGGGUCCAUUGGGAAGCUACCCGCGCUGAAACCCGACCAAAACAUCGUGUGGCUCAGACCCAAGGAGAUCAACAAGAAAGCCCAGUUUGUGGUGGGAAAAACCGAUACCACUGACAUCUGCCAGGGUCAGCUAGGGGAUUGCUGGCUCCUGGCUGCCCUCUCCUGCCUCACCCUGCAGCCUCCGCUCAUCUCCUUUGUGGUUCCUGAAGGCCAGAGCUUCCAGAAGUCCUACACCGGGCUCUUCAGAUUCAGGUUCUGGCAGUAUGGAUGCUGGGAGGAGGUUCUGGUUGAUGACAGGCUGCCCACUCUGAACAGGAAGCUGCUCUUCACCCACUCGCUGAGCCAAAAUGAGUUCUGGAGCGCCCUGCUGGAGAAGGCCUAUGCCAAGCUGUGCGGGUGCUAUGCCAGUCUGAAGGGAGGCAGUAUCUCUGAGGCGAUGGAGGAUUUCACUGGCGGCAUUGCUGAGACUAUCAAGGUGUCUAAGGUGUCUGCGCUGUGGGGACAGAUCAACCAAGCCCUGAACAGAGGCACCCUGCUGUCCUGCUUUAUAGAGGCGCAGAGUAAGAGUGAGGUCGGUCAGCAGACGCCAAACAAGCUGGUGAAAGGCCAUGCCUACUCGAUCACGGGCACAGGCACGGUGCAGGCCGGCAGCGUGUCUCUCCUGAGGCUGCGGAACCCCUGGGGCUUCCUGGAGUACAGCGGACCCUGGAGCGACGAGAGUCCAGAGUGGGAGACAGUUGACAGCAAAGAGAAGGAACUCCUGGAUCUGCAGCCAAGACAGGAUGGAGAGUUCUGGAUGUGUAUUGACGAUUUUAAGAGCUUGUACAGCACGGUGGAGAUGUGCAGUGUGAGUCCUGACUCCCUGGGGGACUCGCAGUCUGACUGGAGGAUCAGCACUCACCAGGGGAGCUGGGUGGCAGGCUGCUCCGCUGGGGGGAGCCUCAGCUUCACGAACUCGUACUGGUGUAACCCCCAGUUCCGAGUGCGGCUGGAGGAGGAUGAUGACAUUGCAGACGGGAAGCUGCUGUGCAGCGCAGUGCUGGAGCUGCUGCAGAAACACAGGAGGAAGGGUGGCAGCGUGGACUUCCUUCCAAUCGCGUUCGACAUCUACCAGGUUCCCCCGGAGUUCCAGGACUCUGUCGGCUCUCUGGAUCGGAGUUUUUUCUCAAAGCGCCGCCCUGUGGCCCAGUCUUGUAGAUACAGCUGCCUGCGCGCGGUGAGAGAGGGGGUCCGCCUGCCCCUAGGGGAUUACGUCAUCGUGGCGUCAACCAACUCCCCCAGCCAGGAGGGCAGCUUCUAUCUGAGAGUGUACGCCAAGAAGGGCAACGAGUCCAGGAGGCAAGGUGAUCAUUUAUGUUCUUCCACUUACUCCAAGGUGAUGGCUGAUCCCACUGCCCCUGACACCAAGAGCACAGUGGAGAAGCAUUUCCACCAGCAUGCCAGCAUGGAUAAUAGACUGAACUCUUUGGAGUUUAGCAAGCUGGUUAAUUCAGCUCUGGCAUUGAAGCCUCUGCUCACCCUGCAGACCUGCCACAGUUUGAUCUUUGCAGAGGACACACAAAGCCAUGGCACCCUCACCCUGCCUCAAACAAAGCGCCUGGUGACAGCACUGCGCAAACUGCAGAGCGUGUUCUCCCAGUUUGACCAGGACUCCUCUGGCACUAUGAGUUCAUUUGAGCUCAGGCUGGCACUGAAGAAAAGUGGUUUCCAGCUGGACUCGCGGACCAUGGAGCUGCUGUGGCUUCGACACAGGACCGAUGACCUCUGCGUGACCUUUGACGACUUCGUAAACAUUGUGGCUAAACUGCGCAAACUCUUCGAUCUGUUUGAAUCGGAAGCGAAGAUAAACACAAAGGUGAAGCAACAAGGCAUCAACACAUGGCUGCUGAAGUUUAUUGGAAUCUGAAAAAAAGGAACAGCAAGACAGACUGAACACAGCAGCUUCAAAACUUAACAAAGCAGGGGGUACUGGAGCUGGGGAUGUGGGGGUGUGCAUAGCUAGGACAUUACUGCCAGCGCAGUGUAUAACACUCAGAAUGGAUAUUCAGACAAAGUACAUGCACAGGAUUAGAUAGAACUCUAGAAGUAGUUUAUUUUAAGCUAGUUUAUUUUUCAAGGGCUAUUGCGCACCUUUUUUUUUAAAAACACAUUGAAUCCUGUUUAUUGUGCAAAUGUGUAUUUUCAAGUUCUUAUCGUUUUUGUUUUUAAAUGUACCUGCAUGUAAUUAACAAUUUAUAUGUAUUUCAAAAUAUCCAAACUAUUUGGCUGCUUUAGAAAUCGCAGCUGUGUUUGUAUUUGCAAUGUAUCCUCCUGGGUUGUUCUUAGUGUGUAUCUGUAUACAACCUUCUUAUUAUUAGAAAUACAUCUACAACCUUUCUUUCUAACCUAAA